AUGUCAGAUUGGGAGAUUUAAUAUUUACUCUCAUUUAAAAUGUCUUGGUGCACUGCCUUUUUAACAUGUGCCUCUGAAGGGCGGAGUGUACGAGGUAACGUGAACGCAUCAGCAGUGGGACCGUGCACUGUGCUGACGAGCCGUUGCUUGUGGAAACAGCUGGUGGUUUCUGUCACUGAGAGUCGUAUCGUUUUAAUAUCCGGAACAAAAGUUGUCUCACGCUCAAAAUUGACAGUACUCGGUUUGACGCGAGUCGAUGCCGUUGUUCCACCAGAAGCCGGGACAUGUCACUGUGUCUGCGCCACUUUUUUAGUCACUUUUGUCUCGCAACGCACUAGCUUCUCGUUAACGCACCGGUGUGACGCUGCUGCUUCUGCUAACACCCGUUAGCAUUUAGCUCAACUUUAUUCUCUAGCGUCACCUGCUACUUAAAACAACGCUGACAGCUGUUACUUUUAAGGCAGUUUAAGACCGGAUUUCCCUCCUUAUUUUUUCCCCUCUCCUGUCAGUGUCAAAAUGACUCAUAUUCAUUACAAAUUCUCCUCCAAACUCAGCUACGACACGUUGAUUUUUGACGGCCCGCACAUCACGCUGAUGCAGCUGAAGAAGAAGAUCAUGUGCAGGGAGAAACUGAGAGCCGCAGACUGCGACCUGCAGAUAACCAACGCACAAAGCAAGCAAGAGUACACAGAAGAUGAAAGUCCCAUUCCCAAAGGCUCAUCAGUCAUUGUUCGGAGAAUUCCCAUCAGCGGAACCAAGUCCAGCACCAGCAGCAAAAUCCAUCACAUUGACCCUUCUCUCGCCCAGUUCCACCCGUCCUUCGUCAAAUCAAUGGACAACCAGACACCCUCCAGUACAUUGCAAUUUUUCGCCAAGAUGGCUAAUCUGGCCGACGCCAAUGUGUCGGAGGAGGAUAAGAUCCAAGUUAUGAUAAAUCAGUCCAUCUAUGAUUCUGUGAAUUACAGCAGGAAGAGUAACCCCGUUCUUCCUGCAAACUACACCUGUUACCGCUGUGGAAAUUCUGGACAUCACAUCAGAAACUGCCCCCACACUGGGGAUAAAAACUCAGAGGCUCCUGUGAGAAUAAAGAAGAGCUCGGGCAUCCCUCGCUCCUUCAUGGUGGAGGUGGAUGGUCCCAGCAUCAAAGGAGCCAUGCUGACCAACUGUGGACGAUAUGCCAUUCCUGCCAUCGACGCGGCGGCGUAUGCCAUCGGCAAGAAGGAGAGGCCGCCGUUCGUCCCUCAGGAAAAACCCAUGUCAGAACCAGAGGAGGACCCUGUACCUGAUGAGCUCCUCUGUCUGAUCUGUCGUGACCUGCUGAGCGACGCUGUCGUCAUACCCUGCUGUGGAAACAGCUACUGUGAUGACUGUAUCCGUACUACCUUACUGGAUUCAGAGGAACACACCUGCCCCACAUGUAGCCAACAGAAUGUCUCUCCAGAUACACUGAUAGCCAACAAAUUUCUCAGACAGGCUGUGAACAAUUACAAGAAAGAGCGAGGCCACGGAAAAAGUCAAACACAGAGGUGCAGCACCACGCCAGCCCCGAGUCCUGCCCCGACCCCGCCCCCACUGACAGUCCAACUCCAACCACAGAAACACCAGCAGCCGUUAAACACACAAGUAUUGGAUGGAAAUCCUCCUUCCUCUUCCUCUUCCUCUUCCUCUGCCUCUGACACACUCAGGGCGGUACCUCAGACGGAGCAGAGCUCCCUGGACAAACCUCACCAGGUUGAAGACGAUAAACCGGCUGCAGCUGAUGAUGAUGAUGGUGAUGAUAAUAAUGAUGAAGGUGAUGAUGAUCCUGCUGCUGCAACGCCUGAUCUAGGUUCAGACAGAGAUCCUAGUGCUGCUCCCUCACAGUUAAUACCAGUGGUUUGUGAGACUGUAAAUACAGAGCUGGACCAAUCAGAUCUAAAGCGGACUUCUUCAGGACAAGGACUCCAACAACCACAGGGAACGUCGUCCUGCGUGGGAAGCUCCUCUUCCUCGUCUGGUUUCCCCCCCGGAGGCUGGACCGAGUCCCAGCAGCUCCAUUCCUCUCCAUCCUCUGCCUUUUCGCCAUCGGCUCCACCUCUCUUCCCCCCCUCUCUCUACCACCCGUACCUCACAGCUCACCAGUCUCACAGCAGUUACCCACCUGGUUACCCACCUGGUUUCCCUCCUUGUUUCCCGCCUGGUUUCCCGCCUGGUUACCCGCCUGGUUUCCCACCUGGUUUCCCGCCUGGUUUCCCGCCUGCUCCACCCGUCUGGACACUGCCAUGUCCCCAAACAGCUCCUAUCCCUCCCCUCUGCUCCUCCACUACCACCUCCACUCUUCCUGCUCUGGUCCCUAAGGACUGGCACAGGCACCAGAGAACAGGGAAGGAGAGGUCACCUCACAGGGACUCCACCUACAGAGACUUGUCUUCGCGCUCCGAGUCCAAGUCGACCCGCUCCCACUCACGCUCUUCAAGCAGAUCCCGUUCGCGAUCCAGAUCACGGGGCAAAUCCAGGCAGAGCUCACCUUACUCUGGUCACCACGCUCCUCCCUCUCACUCCAGUGCCUCCUACACCUACGGCUACAAACGUCUGCGCUCACCCACACCGUCCUCGUCCUCUUCACCUCAAGUCGACUACCGUUCCAGGUCCAGGUCACCAUCGGUCAACCGCAAGGACCACCACCACAGUCACCAUCACAGCAAGAAGUCUUCCUCUAGUGGUUACAGCUCCUCGAAGCGAGAGGAACGCUCCAGGAGGGAAGAGGAGGGACAUGGAUCCAUAUCCAGUAGUAGGGAUUUGGAGAAGGAGCACUACCGACAGUGGAAGAAACAUUACAAAGAAUGGUGCGAGAAAUAUCUGAACAGUUACGUGAACCAGUUCCACCAGAUUCCAUUCAUCAACUUGUCUCCUCCUCCUCCUCAGUGGGAAGGAGGCACACAUUACUCACAUGGCCAUUCUAACCCUCGUUCGCACAGCUCGAGCCGAAAGAAAGACUGUUCCUCGCCAUCGAGGUCGUUCAGCGACAGCUGCUCCCCUUCAUCUCACUCGUCAAGCGACAGUCGCUCCACGACCUCUCGGUCAUCGAGCGACAGUCGCUCGACUCCACCUCACAGGUCCCAAUACGACCGUUCAACCCGCUCCCGUUCGUCCUGCAAAAAUCGCUCAACACCAACGAAAUCCAAAGCUGAUUUAAGGAAAAAUCAACAAAAGAAGAAUCACCGCUCCCCACGGACAUCUGGGAGAGGCAAAGAUAAGGAGAAGGAAGUGCAAGAAAGAGUCCCAGAUGACAAGCUGGUUGUUUUUGAGGAGCGCAGCUUAAUUGACCAGGAGCAAAGAGAAACAAUAAAAAUAGAAGACAGAAAGGAUGAGCGUGGACACAGCACUGGAAGACGUGGUACAUCAGCAGGACAUUCAGCAAAAUUCAACCAGGAUAAAUCUGUGGAUAGGGACUCUGCAAGAGGCAGAGAGAAUGAGAGUCAUUUAGAAAGUUGGGAAAGGUGUGGAAAAAAUAAAGAACAUGACAUAAAGUUCAGUAAAGAGGGCAGAGACAGAAGCUCAAUGGGGAAUAGGAAAAGAAGAGAAGAGACCGUGCAGAAAAGAAAACCUCACCAAAAUGAAUCCCCCAAUCGCUGUGACAAAAAGAAACCAAAAAAACAAGACAAGGAAGAGAGAAAAACUAAGCAUCAGAGAUCAGGAAAUAUCUGGGAAGGAGGGAUAACAGUGAAGCCACAGAAGAAAAUAAGCAUCAAUAUUAACUUGGAUGGGAAAAGGAAAGAGGAAAAUUUUGAAAAACACGAAUUUCCCUCAGAAAACCCACAGACAGAAGUGGAGUUGGCGGUUGAUGGAAGAGAGUUGAACAGAAAAGAUGAGGUCGUCCAAGUGACGGUAAAAUCAAAAUCUGACGGAGAUGAGGAAAACCAGAUCAAACCAGAGGAAGAAGAGACAAAGGCAUCAUGGGAAAAGGCUGCCACUGGUGAUGACAAGGUAGGGACGUGGACUAAAGUUGCUGGAGAAGAAGAACAUGUGGUGGAAAAGAAAAAAGACAGAGAAGAAGAGGCUUUUGACUUGUGGCACUGUGCCCUGAGGGGAGACGAUGAAAAGGAGGAGAUCAAAGAGCAGGAGGAAGGAGACGUGAUGAAGGGCAGCAGAGGACACGAGCUGGUAGAGGGAAGAUUGACAGGUGAGGACGAUUCAGAGCAAGACAUUGGACAGGUAGACAGAAAAGCAGAGAGAGGAACCAGCAGAAACAGGGACGAGGAGCUCAUGAGAAGAGAGGAAAUGAUCAGGAUAGAAGAUGUGGUGAGGUCCAAGACGGAGAGGAGCAGCGAUGGGAGACAGAAGUCCAACAUGGACAACGACAGCACUAAGGAUCGUAAAGAUACGUCAACAGUGAUUCAAACUCUGGAGGAAUUCACCCAGGACAGAGCUGACCAGAGGGAGGACCAGCUAACACUCUCACAGGUGCCUCACUCCAAAUGGGAUCGCAAAGGGUCUGGAGAGGAAGAGGUGAAUCAAGUAGACGCCAGAGCCCAAGAAUCUUUUCCUCUGACUUUACCAUCAGUGCCACCCACCGACAGGGAGACACAGAGCGAUUACAAGAGACAGAGGUCAGUAGACACAGAGAGGAACAGGGUGAGUGCUAGGGAGAAAGAGAAAAACUUUAGAGGUGUGUCUCCCUCUAGUGGCAAAACCGCAGGUGCGUCUACAGGCAAAGAUAAGGGGAAAUGGUUGGAGUUUGACAGGUGUAGGGGCACAGACCAAGAGAGCGAGAGUGAGAGAACAAGAGACAGACAAGGAGAGAAAAAAAGGUCAAAGGAUGAAGAAAGGACAGGAGACAGGGAACACAGGAGCUACAGAGCUUCAGUUCAGGAAAAGACGUGUUUUCAUUCCUCGUCUCAGUCAACAUCCCAGGACGUGGAGAGGAGAGGUAGUCAAAGCAGAAGUGACCCUGUCCCCGGAAAGUCUCCCUACACCCUGCUCUCUGGUCACAAGUUAUCUGGCUUUGACUCCAACGACAGAAAUGUGAUUAACACCACAGUGAAUGUGCCAGGUAGGUAUGAAAACAAAACACAUCGAGACAGGGUGUCAGAUCCCCGUGACCAGAGAGAUUACAGAGAUCCAACGGGAAACAGACACGACGACAGAGCUGCUAAAACCUGCCAAUCAUCACCUUCCCUCCUCAUCUUCAGCGAUAGACAGCCGGUGUCUUUUGAGUUGUCCUACUCAAAGUCCAAAAUGACUAGGAUGAGCAGUCCUGACAUAAAAUCUAAGAAGAAAGGCAGAGAUGAGGGCAGGACGGAGAAGGAGCAGUGGAAGAGAAGUAAAGAUGAUAAAGUGACCAAGGAACACAAGAGGCCGAGAGAAACUGAGGCCGAGACCAAAGCAGGGAGUCGGUGGGAAAAUGAGGAAGAUAAAUCUUCCCCCAUCUUUAAAUGGAAACGACGGGAGCUGGAGGAGGGAGAGAGGCCCAGUGUUUCAUACAGCAGCAGCAGUAGGAGCAGCAGCAGCAACAGCAGCAGCAGUAGCUCACUGGUCAGUCAGGAGAGCAGCAAGGAGAGAAAGGAUGGCGAGAAGAUGGAGAAGAAUGAAGCUGCCCUGAAGCCUUUUGAAGAAAGGCCGCUAAAGAAGCACAGAUAUGAAGAUAUGAGGAAGAAGUAGCUGUAGAGAUCUGAAGUUAGGAGAGAGUGAGCAGGAUGACGGAUGGAGAGAGAGAAGGUAGACCCUGCCGCUGUGCUGCCUUCGGUUAUCCCAGUUAUUACUGAGGAAAAAUGAUUACUUGAAUCGUGAAAUGUGUUUAUGGGUUUUUCUGUCCACAAAGUGCCUGGAUUUAUGUUCACACUUGUUUUGCCAGGAGGCUUUCUGAAUUACCUUACAUUUAUCACAAGCAAAAUAAUAAAUACGACAACAAU